CAGCUAAUGAGUGUUAUAUGUCUGAGGUCAGAUUUGAACUCAGGUCCUCCUGACUCCAGGGCUACAAGUCUCCUCUGGUAGAAUUUCAUCUCCUUGAGAACAGGGAGUAUUUCAUUCUUGCUUCAGUGUCCCCCAGUGCCUAGCACAAUGCUUUAUCAAAUGCUUGUUGACUGACUGGGGUCUGGGAUUGUUCUGUUUUGUCUUUGUGUCCCCAGAGUCUAAUCCAAUAUUUUGUACUUAAUAGGUACAGAAUACAUAUUCAAAAGAGCUGGCCACAACAGGGUCACCCCCCCGACCCACACCUCUAGGUUCCUGUGUCCAAGCUGCUUUCAGACCAAGUGUCUGAAGAAUUGUCAUUAAAUACUUGAAAGAACAUGGGAUUUAGAAUCAGGAGAUAGUUCUCCCACUUACUAAGUGUGACCUUGGAUAUGUCUUGCACCAUCACAGGCCCUCAGUUUCCUUAUCUGUAAAAUUAUGUUGGAUCAGGUGAUUUCUAAGAUUCCUUUGACUCCUCAAAUCCUAUGAAUGCUUAGAACAAAAAGGAGUAGGGAUCAGGCAGGCAAAGAUCUUGGAUUCAUGUGGAAAUCAGUCCGCAGCUCAGCAAUGAUAAGAAAGAUCAUCAUCAUCAUCAUCAUCAUCAUCAUCAUCAUCAUGAAAUUCCAAGGACCAAAGAAGAGGAGCACACCUGGAUAUAGUCAGUUCCUUCCACGGACCCUGAGCUCCAGAACAGGAUAAAAUGUCAUCAGCAUUCAUGUUCCUCAAUGCAUCAAUUCACAACGAAACAUGUUCUUACCAGGAAGCCAACCCCUUAAAUCUAGGGAAGCCCCCUGAGGACUGGUGGUGAAUUGGGCCAGGACAGUUGGGAGGAAGGAGGGAUUCAGAGACCAUGUCUGGCUUCCUCACCCUUCAAUCCUGGGAAGCCCAGGCAGGGGCAGGAGGCACGUCCCGAGGGUCCAAAGUUAGGCAGGUGCUUCUGCUAGGCAAGCAAGUCAAACCUACAGCUCUUUUUCCCCUGGCUGGGUUGGUCCAGAGCCCAGGAAGCUCUGUUUGUCUGUUUACACAGAGAGCCUGGAUAAGCUUAUGUCCUUUGGAGGAGGCCUACUCCAGGAGUCAAAAUAGCAUGAAAUUUAAUUUUACACCUAUUUGACCAAGCUUGAUUCAGGCUCCAAUCAGAAGGGGAGAUAAGGGCCCUCGGGACAAGUGUGCCAGGCAGCUGUGCAGCUGGAGCUGGAGUUUUAACAGGCGGCGGGACAGGGACAACACUCGAAGGUCCCCUGGCAGGCCAGCCAUUAAGGCGAACCCUAUCUUCCGCCCACACGGGUUUCUUUGCUGUAGUGUUCCCCGGUUGCUGGGCGCCAAAGCAAACUCAGGCUCUGUUUGCCAAGUCUACUAUGACAAUACAGCCACCAAAUAUUUGUCAGCCGCCAGCUCUGGGGCCGACUAUAAAUACUUCAGCCACAGGUGGAGGGCUGCUGAAUUCAGAGGAAGACCUGGGGGAGCCUUGCCUGGUCCCUGAAGUCAGAUAACAUCUGCUGCCUUGGAAGGCUCCUAGGCUUGAGAGGAAAUGGCUGCUGGAGUGAUUAGAAAUUUAUGUGACUUUAGACUGCAGGCCCCCUUCCAUCAGCCAUUCUUACCUAGUACUGGCCACCGAGACCCAGACUUCCCUGAAACCUCUGAGGAGGAGGAGGAAGAAGAUGGAGAAGAGGAGGAAGAUGGGGAAAAACAGGUGGAGGACCUGGAGCUGGCAGGCCGUAGUCCAGGAUGCCAGAGGUCAGACCAAGAGCUGGGAAAAGGUUCCACCAGGCCAAGCCCAAGUAGCACCGAGAUGACUUUGCAACUCCUGCGCUUCUCUGAGCUCAUCAGCUGUGACAUCCAGAAGUACUUUGGCCAGAAGACAAAAGACGACGACCCAGAUGCAUGCAACAUUUAUGAGGACAGCCGCCCACCUGGCAAAUCUGCAAGGGAGCUCUACUAUGCAGAUUUGAUGCAAAUCGUCCAGAGUGGGGACCAGGAGGAUGAGGACACUGACACUGUUGGUCUCCCCAGGGGCUUCGAUUGCCAGGCCAGGUUCAUCUCCGGCAGAGACAGGUCUCAGAAGCUGGGGCCUCUGGUUGAGCUUUUUGAAUAUGGUCUCUGUCAAUAUGCUAGGCAGAGGGUGUCUGACAGCCGGAGGCUGAGGCUUGAAAAGAAGUACGGCCACAUCACCCCAAUGCACAAAAGGAAGCUGCCACAGUCCUUCUGGAAAGAGCCAGCCCCCAGCUCCCUGUGUCUGCUCAACACCAGCACACCCGAUUUUAGUGACCUGCUUGCCAACUGGACAUCAGAUGUGGUCCAGGAGCUCCACAGUGUGGGAGGCCGGGAGCUGGGCAGACAUGCCCUGGAGAUGGAUCAGUUAGAGGAGGCAUAACCCACAGUUGCUGGAGCUGCUUUACCCUCUCACAGAGGCCGGACUUAGACGAGAGGCUAGGCUUCCUUCCUGGACCAGGCACUGAAAGAAUCAGGUCCAAUGGCAGGCUAAGCAUGACCCAGAACUGUAAGAACCCCUUCCUCUCUGCCUCUUCUUACUAUUAAUGCUUUCAUCUCCUAUCCUCAUUUAUUAAAAGAGUUCCAAACUCUAACAGGUUAUGUGUCCUACUGCCAGGAAGAUGUUUAUAGCCAAUUCUCCUUGCUGCCUGGCUCUCAGCUGGAUCCUAGGGAUCCAGUAGCCUUACCUUGUACUGCUUUUCUGCACUGAUUAAUUUCAGCCCACUUUCCUGGUCAUUUAGGUAAAACUUUAGAGCUGAUGAUAGAGGGACAGCAGCUCCUCUCGUAGUCCUGACCGCCUCCCUACAGCAAGUGCUCCCUCUAGCACCUCUGCGCUACACUUCUGUGGAGGCAGCCAUAUCCCCCCCCCCAUGUUCCCCCUCCCACAAGGAAGGAACUUCUGGCUUUAGGAGAUUCAGGAAUGGUACCAGGGUUGACAAGAGCUUCUGAACAUCUUAAAGAAGGCACUACCUCAAGCUCCUUUAAGAGCUUCUCCCAAUAGCAAGCAGCAAGGCAGGGGUGGCGCUGGACCAGGCUGGCAGGAAGCAAACCUUUUGGAUGAACUGCAAGUGCUCUCCCAGGGAGGCAGGAAGAAAAGGGUGAUGCGUUGAUUAAAUGAACAAACAUUGUCUAUUUACUCAUGAGAUAACAGCCAGAGAAUCUCCUCCCUUGUGUUCUCAGUAGGGUUUAAAGGGCAUCUUGCAGAAUACUGGGAAUACAGGGGCUCUCUGGGGUCCCUGGAACUUUCAGUUGAGCAGAUUUCCCAAUUAUGCCUUGUACCUAGCCUUUAGGGAGUUUUUUUCCAGAGGCCCUAAAGAGACAGGACUACUGACAGCCCCUCUGCCUGAGAGGUAGGAGCAGAGCCAUGACAGUGACUCCCGAGCCACUGGCAGGGUUAUGAAAGAAGAAAAAGGUCCUAAAGAAUCCUAAACCGUACAACUCUCAGCCCCAUUGGUUGAAUUCAGCUGCUCCUGCAUCAGCCUGGCUUACUCAUGAAGGGAGCUCUCAGUGACCCACCUGAUCCAGAGGCAAAAGCUGUGGGGAUCUGGGUGUCUUAAGUUAUAGUCAUUCUGGUCCCCAGGAGUGGCAGAUGGGAGGUCGUGGAGUGAGAAGUGAUGACUAGGGUCCAGCUUCCCAUGAUCCUCUCCAUUCCUACCUCCUGUAUGUUUCUUGGAA